AUGGCACCGCGAGGCACGGCUUCGCCGCUUCCCCACGGCGACUCGGACCCGGCCGCUCGCCGGCACAUCGAAGCCAUUGCCAAAGCAUCAAAAGUGCUCCCGAGAAAUCGAACAGAGGAGGUCAAGCCCUCCGUCGAGAAACUCAACACUCGAAACUACGAGCGGGGCGUGCUUCCUGGUGACCUGGAUGACUUGAUUGAUGUCCUCACCACCCCCAACUUCCUCGACCAGGCCAGCCUGAACAGCAUCCUCAGGUCCCUCUACCCAGCCUCAACCGUGUCGGGCGAUGUCCUCGUCAAGGUGGUUGGCGCUCUCGGGCACGGGAAGCGCAAGCCAUCCCUCGCCAUACAGGGUGCCCUUCUGAGGUGGCUCAUCAUGAUACACCAUGUCAUCGAUAACUCCGGAGUCUUGUCACAGUCAUACAGCCUUCUCUUCAACCUCCUCGACACCGCGGCCAUCCGCACACAUAUUUGCCAUAUUCUUGCACUCAUCACUCGUCGGAGGCAUGUUCGGCCCCAUCGCAUCCAGUCGUUACUCUCCCUGGCGAGACAAACAGGCAACGAUCAAGCUCUGACCGGACUCUUGCGCGUCUACAAGAACUACUACCCCGAGAUUGUGGUUGGCGAGGCCGUUCGCGGAAAGGCAUCGACAUUCGCACAUCCGGACCCGCAGUGGCGAGACCGGCUUGCAGAAAUCCAACAGGCGCACGCCGAGCGGACACGGCUGAGAUCAGAGCAACCACUGUCGGCCUACCAGGUGUCCCGCAACAACGGGAAGUUGAUCGUCCCCGAGGUGCACUCGUCACGUGCGACCGAGAACUCUGUCACGCUUGAGGAGAUUGAGAGCGCAGACGGGCUCGUAGACAAGCUCGACAGGCUCGAGUUUCCUGACCAGCUGAUAGCUGUGCUGGGUGACCCUCUGCUGCAGAAGCUCUUCCUCCUGAAGCCCGAUGCCGAAGCUACGACGCGAGCGAGUUUAUGGCUCGCCUCUUACGCGGAAGAUGUGCUCAGAGGCGAAGCGAACAGUGGCAUAUUCCAGAUCGUACAGUCCUAUCUGGCUGCUACAAAGGUCAUGCCGCCAGUCAUACUGGCGUUCUUGAGUGACUAUCUGCACAUCUGGGAUGGUCACGAGGACAGGGCGGAAAUCCUCGACAUUUUGACGUAUCUGCCGAUGCUCGACUUCCAGGACCUUCUCUCGGCCGUCUUCCAGCCGCUUGAGGCUCGGAUACUAGAUGGCACGGUCGGCAGGCAGAUCGACCUUCUCAACUACUACGGCGCCCUGUUCCGUCGCUGGCGCAUCGCGCUGACGCUCAACACCCAGCAGAGCAACACGGAGCCGCAGAAGGCCGCCGCACUGAUCGAGGCGAUGGAGCGCCGGACGGGCAUGCUGGCCCUGGCCGUCCUCCAGGCCGCGGCGGCGUCGUCAUCGUCAUCGGCCGCUGCCCUGUCAUCGAGGCCCUCGGACUCGGCGACGAGAGCAGCAGACGCUGUCCUGAACUUCUACGAGGAGACCGCCUCGCUGGCAGUCGCAGCCAACAGCCCUGAGCAGCAGCAGCCGCCGGCCAACUCCCCCCUGCCGUUCCUGCGGAUCGUCAUCCCUCCAAAGCCGGUCGUCUACCUCCUGGCCUUCCUCCCCUGCCCGUCCGUGCUGUCCCGCAUAUGCGGCGUCCUAGCACAGUACAAGACGGCAUUUUCCCACGCGCAGCAGCAGCGCAAGCUCAAACCCGGCAGUAGCAGCAAAGCAUCCGCGGCGCAGCAGCAGCAGCAGUACCCGUCCGCGUACGUGGACGAGUUCAACGGCUUCCUGAUGGACAUGUGCAACCUGAUCUGGCGGUCGCGCGCGUUCGGCACCGCCGACGCCAACGCGCACGGGUGCCUGCUCGAUGCGGGCGUCGGCGCCGCGCUUGCGGGGUACAUCCGGGAUGUGAACAACGACGACCAACAGCAGCAGCAGCUCGCCCUCACCGCGCUCUACUCGUUCUCGUACUCGCCGGUGCUGGGCGGGUUCGCAGCCUCGAGAGUCGCGGAACUCGAGGACCAGGAGGCAGGCGAGGAAGUGAUGGACGACGAGGCCAGGCACGCGGGGCCCGUGACCAAGGCCAGCCUGAGGGGCCUGGCGGGUCGCGGGGGCAUGAACAUCUCGUGGGAGGACUUCCGGGUCGAGGUCUUGGAGGAUCUGACCGAGGCCAAGGGGAUGGGAGGGAUUGCGGAGUUGUUGUACAGCACCAUGACGACCCUGGCGGGGAAGCGGCCAUGA